CGACGAUGACGAUGACGACGACGGAACAAUGCUUUGCCGAAUACCGACUCGGACCGCAACUCGAAUUGUUGACGCAACCAUUCACUGCACGGUUGCAUUCCAGCAAGAAUUCACCCCGAGUCUCACUUUCAAUUUUCCCAACUUGAGCUGCGGGAUUGGGACACAGCGCUCUUGUCAUGAUGUGACGCUACUGCUGACAUAUUCAAUUGGUGAAGAUUCUGUCCGGCAUUAAAUUCUGCCUACGAACGGCGGCGAGGAGCACGCAAAGUCUAUUGGUUCAGUUAUGUCAAAUGCAGCAUCUCUUAUUUGUAUGUGACCGCGUACAUUUUGAGCAUAUGCUCUUCCACGGUGCAGGCAUCUCCAUCAGAAGAGCCAUCAAGAGGUCUUAAAACACAGUCUGAAUUGCCAUCAAGGAAGAAGGGAACAGAGUAUCUGUCGCUUCCGCUGGUAUUGAUGACACGGUGAGUGUUGCUCUUGUACGCCCCAUUCGUCCAGGUCUGCAACAUGUCACCGACAUUGACGACAAGGCCAUCCCUCCGAGAAGGCACUUCAACCCAGGCGUUCUGAGAUGGAUCAAAAGCCUGGAGACCGGAAUUCCCAUCCUGGAGCAACAAGGUGAUCGCUCCAAAGUCCGUGUGCGCACCAGUACCGACGACAGCAGAAUCCUUUGGCUGAGAUGGAUACCGGAGGGGCCUGAUUGCUGCGAUCGGAUCUCGACAGAACUCGGCAAUGACCCUAGUAUCAAGUUGCGGAAGGCCCCUGGCAAGAAUCUGCAUCAAGUGGAACGAGAGAUCGGUCACGGCAUCGAGAUAUUCAAGCAUGGGUUGUCUAAACUUUGUCUCGGGAAGGAUUUUGGGGUCUGGCCAGAUGUUGGGCUCCCCGAAUGGCCUGAAUUGAUUGUUCAUUCCAGGGAGCUGACGGCCGACGAAAUAACCCUACAUGGAGCUGUCAGCAACGCCGACGCUGGGACUCGAGACGAUGCCCGCACCCAGGCGAGCUAGGGGAAAGCUUACUUCUCUCACGUCAGGCCUUGUAUCUGCUUCUCGUACCUCAUUCCCAUACACUUCGUAGCCCCGGCCAGGUUUGCCGCUCAAUUUGAGCUUCUCGUCUGCUGGAAGGUUGAACACUGCUUUUGUUGCCUCAAACACUCGGUCCUGCAGUUCUAUAGGGAUGCCAUGGCCUGUAACUUCGAAAAUGCCGCUUGUCUCACAAGCGUGUCUGAUAAUUUCUACAACGCGGUCCGCCUCGGAAGACCUUGGGUCCUCCAAAUAUUGCGAGAUAUCCACCACUGGGAUCGGGAACGCGGCUUCGCGGUUUUCAACGGAAACUGUCAUUUUGCCUUUUUGGCCGCGACCCCGACAACGACCGCGCGCAACGGUUGGCGUAAGAAUCCAGAAGCUGUCCGUCAAACAUAUAAACAUUCAACAGUGGCAGCUCAGAAAUGGUAAAGCUGCUGGUGCCCCGACGACGCCGCUUUUACCCGACAUACGCUGGGUCAGUACUACUAGUACUAAUAGUGGGAGUUGAUGGUGAGUAUGCCGGAGAAAGUUUUCUCCGCAAACUUACAGUGCCUACCAUCUCGGCUCGGAUAUGCCUUUAUCGGCUCUCUCAGCCUCACAAUGACGCUCCUGGUGUCUCCUAUCGCCACUGUAGCCACACAGCGGUAUGAUAUUCGGAAGACUAUGUUCGUGGGAGUCGUUCUUGAGACGGCCAGCCUACUCCUAGCAAGCCUAGCAACAUCCAUCUGGCAUCUCUUCCCCACUCAAGGUGUCCUGUUCGGCAUGGGUCUGGGGAUGAUGUUCAUUCCUACAACGGCUAUUGACCCACAGUGGUUCACGAAAAAGCGGUCUCUCGCCAGUGGUAUUGCUGUUUUUGGAGCCGGGCUGGGGGGCCUGGUGUAUUCUUUGGUGGCCGAAGCAUUGAUUCGAAACCUUAGUCUUACCUAGGCCUUUAGGAUACUCGGUAUCACUACUUUCACGGUCAACAUAUCUUGCGUGCUCUUGAUCAGAGAUCGGCGUCGGCUGACAAAAGUCAGCUUUGCCAAAGCUGCAGUAGAACUGUCUCUGUUCAAAAACAUUGAAUUUGCUCUUUUGAUAGGGUUCAGCGGCUUCACCAUAUUUGGCUUUUAUCCUGAUCUCCAGCUUGGCCGCCUACGGUAUCAGCAUUGGCCUUCAUUCAUCUCAAGCUUCAUUCGUCUCCGGUCUAUUCAAUCUGGGACAGGCAAUUGGGCGGCCUCUAAUCGGAUACUUCAGUGAUAACAUUAGUCGCAUCAAAAUGGCUGGCGUUGCAACCUUUUUGGCUGGCGUUAUCUGCUUAGCUGUCUAGAUUACAGCAAAGAGCUACGGACUGUUGAUUUUCUUCGCUCUUACCGAAGGUAUUGUGGCAGGGAACUUUUGGGCUACUAUCGCGCCGCUUGUGGCGGAGGUUAUAGGAUUGGAAAAAGUGCCGUCUGGAAUGAACGUGGUGUGGUUGUAUCGUUUUGCCUUCGACCUUUUCUGAGCCGAUCGCCUUGCGCAUGACGGGCGCACCGGGAAAUUAUCUGGGCUCCCAGCUGUUUUCCGGCCUUAUGUAUAUUGCUGCCUCAGCCUGUUUAGGACUACUUUUUCUCAGACAGAAACAACAAGAAGGAUGGUCGAUCUGGUGAAAAAUGACAAGAUACCUCGCCCAGCC